UAUAUUCCUCAUGCUCUCCUCCAAAUUCUUCCCUAAAACACACAUACACACUCUCUAACAUUUCUCCGCGUAUUCAUAUACCGAUCUUGGGUUUCCGUUGAUAUAAUAACUCGAAAGGGAUCAAGUACAAAUCUGCAGAUAACUUUUGUUAGUUUGAUAUUGAGAUUUCUCUUCAUUUGUAUGUAUAGCUGAAGGAAUCACCAUCAUGAGCUGCAACGGCUGCAGAGUACUCCGAAAAGGCUGCAACGACAACUGCAUUCUCAGGCAGAGUUUACAAGGCAUCGAUACCCCUCAAGCCCAAGCAAACGCCACCGUUUUCGUCGCCAAGUUCUUCGGCCGCGCCGGGCUCAUGUCAUUCCUCUCUUCUGUACCUGAAUCCCAACGACCUGCUCUUUUUCAGUCGUUGUUGUUUGAAGCGUGCGGGAGGACAGUGAAUCCGGUGAACGGAGCGGUGGGGUUGUUGUGGACGGGGAACUGGCACGUGUGCCAGUCGGCGGUGGAGACUGUGCUCCGAGGCGGAGUUCUCGGCCCCUUGCCGGAGUUCUCCGUGUCGGACGAAAGUUUGGAAUCUAAUAACAAUGACUUGUACGGUUCGCGCGAUUUGAACAUGAGGCUCAAGAGGAAAGUGUUUGAUAUUGAAAAUCAGACGACGAGCGGACUGGAUCUCCGAUUGACGGCCAGUUUCCCGGCGAGAAUGACAGCCGGAGGGAGGGUGAAUCGAGUUAGAAACAAGCGCAGACCGGCAUCGCCGUCGGAUGAGUCCGAUACGACGACGUUGGAGAGCGGGAUCGUGUGCCACCAAGGUUCACACCAAAACCAUGGACAUCAUGAAGCCAAACUCUUGCAGCUGUUCUUUUAAUUAAGGUUUUUUCUUCCUUUUUUUUUUUUUUCUUUUAUAUUUUACCAAAAUGGACAUUAAUUUAGAGCUCCAUUUUCAGCAAUUUCUUUGCUCUUUUCUUUUCUCAUUUGCUGUGUAAGAAAAUCUCAAGAAAUAGAGAGAUACUUACACUUUGCUAAUUUUUAUCUAUUUUCCAUUUUCAUGUCAA